AUGGACCUCUUCAACCAGAAUCUUAUUCACUCUUGGCAGCCGAGCCAGUCUCCACGUCAGCGAGUCAAAGCGUGUACAUAUCUCAUUCGCCUCACUCUCCUCUCUGCCCCCAGGACAGCAGAUCAAGCUUUAGGACCUUCCUGCAUCAUGUCCACAGCCUUCUCGUACCAAGAUUGCACCGCCGAGGUGGAUGAGUACCUCUCCUCUGUGUCCGUGAGUGACGACGAGCCCGCGCUUGCGCUGCACUGGGAGCAGAACGCGCUCUCUCAGUUCGUGGACGCUGCCAACAGCGUGGACGAUAGCGUAGACAUGCCCGAUUGGCUCACGCAGCCUCGCGGUAGCAUCACGGCUGACUCGAUCGUCGAGGAUAUGAUGGCGUUCCUCGCCACAAAAGCUGGUGGACGCUUCGGCCGCGUAUUGCUCGCCCCCAAUAGCGUCGUGCAGUUCGGACAGCUGUGUGGUAUGUUUGCGUACAUUGAGAACGACGCGUUCGUGCGCGCGGCUGCUGCAGGAAUGAGCGACGGAGCGACACUGGCCAAGGUCUUCUGUCUGACAAAGGGCAGCGCAUCUGCUGCUGUACCUAUGGAAUUUCCCCCACGUGAGAACCAGAGCCGACGUCUCUUUUCAUGA